GACCCGGCCCUGGAGCCACUGUUUAUAAGGAAGUGAGCUCUGCCGGAGCCAUCAGUCAGACAGCCUUGUCGGUGAGAUUGACAUCAGAGUGACAUCCGAGAGCAUGAGGACCUUGGUGUUGUUGGCUUGCCUGGCAGCGGGAUGCCUCGCUCAGGCACCUAAACCCUGCAGGUCUCCACCUCUCCUGAGCGGAGCCCUCUCCGUGUCAAACGUCAAGUUUUAUGCCUUUGCCAAAUACACCUAUGACGCGUUGGGGGAGCGUAUUCGCUUUAAGGAGUUGGGCUCCUAUGAGAACAAGACAUUUGGCAUUGAUGCCCUUCUGCUCUUCAGAGAGGGUAUUAUGUACACGAUUUACCAUGGGAACAAAACGUGUAGGAAGGAGAGGCUGAAGAAGGAGGACUUCCACCCGAUGGAGAUCCCAGGAGACGCCACCCUGCUGGGUCAGGUGAUCCUGGGGAGUUCCUCUGGUCCAGGACAGGGUCUGCUGGUCAACACCUGGUACGGAGAACACGUGACCCCCACGGGCGGUAAAGACAAGUGGAUGACUACCUUUACUGAGUUUGGGUGCAUACCAGUCAGCACCACAUACUACACCGAGAAGACAGACUGGGUGUUGACAACCUUUUUCAACAUUGUGGUUGGGAUCGAUGACCCCCAAGAGUUCAUUCCGCCGACGUUCUGUCAGAAAGCCCAACUGGACGAGACUGCGGAGGCAGCAGACUUCUACAGCCUAUUUAAGAACAUUAAAAACUAAGAGGACCCUAACUAAUGAGAAUUUCACACAGAUUUUGAUUACUUCUCAACUGUGAUGACAGUUUUAAAGUCCAUUGUUUCAUUUAAUAAAUAAAUGUAUAGAUAAUUAUAAAAA